CCGUUCGAAGCGUUUGAGCGGGGUGGAGCUCGGGGUCAAAGGACCGAUCACGGUGAUACAACUACGCUUUUGAUGGUUGAUGGGUCAAGUCAUUGGAUGAAAGCGUUCGACCUCCUUGACUCCGGCCUUCCCCGCUAUCCCUCGUUGCCCCGAGCUGGUCGGACGCGGGGUUGUACAAGGGCGUGAGGAGAAGACUGCUUUCCAUCUAGUGGAGCUUGAAAGGUUAGUGAGGGAUAUAUAAACAUAUCCCGACGUUGGUUGUUCGUAUCGGUGUCUGUUUGACAACUCGACUUUUUUUCAUUUCGUAAUCUACAAUUAUCGAAGGAUCACUUGAUUCGAUCAACAUCUAUUCUGGAAGUAGUAAAUAUGGCUUGUGGUAAUUGCAAACUAUGUCAAGGUCCUCUGGCUUCCACCACGGCUGUUCCUAAAUCUCCUGCGAUGCAAAAUUCCGCUUCAAGACAGGGUGCCCCUUUACCACAGCAUGUUGAGUGUCAUCCUAAUUGCAUUCUCUUCGCCUGUCCUGGCUGCGUCGCUAGAGAUCGUCCCACCUACUGCAUCCUCAACCUAUCCAAUCAUGUGUACGACUAUCAUUGUGCGAUGUGUAUGGCCGAGAUCCCUAUCGUUCCUGUCGUAACGCACAUCAUCGGAGCAGGUGUGGCCGUCCAUGCACCUGCAAUCUUCUAAGGAUCGUUCACCUCCUCACAUAUCACCCUCCUAUCUGUUUCCGUUCCACAUGCAGCACAGCGCUGGUGCUGGUCUUUCUCCGUCAAGUAUUCAUCAUCAACUAUCAAAUGAAAUGAACGAGGGUCUACCGAUGGGUUUAUGGGACAGGGACGAAGAUGAAAAAUUUGGGUACGAAGUCCGGAAUCAUGUAGCAAUCGUUGUACUAAAGUAGUGAAUGUGUAUAGGUAAAAUCAUGUGAUGCAUCUUUUCUCUC